AUGUUCGGACGUCGACGAAGGCCUAUUCUUGGUGCCGCUGUUGUUUACGGUGCAUCACGAGCAGCCGCCAAGCAUGAGGUACGAAACCAGGAGCUUAUGGCCAGUGAGCGUGAUCGCGAGAUAGAACGUGAGGUCGAUCUUCGGAGGAGAGAAGAAGAAGAGCAAGAACUACGAACACAGCGUGCCGUCGAUGAAGCCAUGAAAAAGGCUGCAUUACAGGAACAAGCUGCUCAGCAGAGCGCCGCUGCGAUGAUACCGCCUCAGCCGCGAUAUGAUGAGGCCUAUCCCAUGAUGCAAGCCCAAACCCGGGAUUUGGGAGUGUUCAACCCAGUCAACGACGGAAACACCACCAUCCAACCAGCACCCGCAUACCAGGUGGGACCUCAGAGGGGUCCAGUCCAGGGUCCAGUGCCAGGAUCCCGAAUCCACUACUGUACCCAGUGCGGCUUCGGUUGUCAAGAUACAGAUAAAUUCUGUCGUCAAUGCGGUGCAAAGCAAGUGGCUGGAGAAAUUGUGGUAGGGUGA